AGGGCGGCCCGGGGCCAUUGGAGACGCUCUCGCGCCGCUCGCAGCCUGCCGUGGGUCCGCAGCGUCGGGCUCGCCUCCGGCUUCUCCUCCGCGCCAUGACCCCCAAACGCCAGUCCUCCCUCCUGCCUCAGCCGAAGAAAGCCCAGCACAGUCCGGGCCCGAAGCCGGCCGACGCCUCCUCCUCUCCCGCCUUGCCCAAGGGAGAAAAAGAACAGCAAGAAGCAAUUGAACAUAUCGAUGAAGUACAAAAUGAAAUAGACAGACUUAAUGAACAAGCCAGUGAGGAGAUCUUGAAAGUAGAACAGAAAUAUAACAAACUCCGCCAACCGUUUUUUCAGAAGAGGUCAGAAUUGAUCGCCAAAAUCCCAAAUUUUUGGGUAACAACAUUUGUCAACCAUCCACAAGUGUCUGCACUGCUGGGGGAGGAGGAUGAAGAGGCCCUGCAUUACCUGACCAGAGUUGAAGUGACAGAAUUUGAAGAUAUAAAAUCAGGUUACAGAAUAGAUUUUUAUUUUGAUGAAAAUCCUUACUUUGAAAAUAAAGUUCUCUCCAAAGAAUUUCAUCUGAAUGAGAGCGGUGAUCCAUCUUCAAAGUCCACUGAAAUCAAAUGGAAGUCUGGAAAGGAUUUGACAAAGCGCUCCAGUCAAACGCAGAAUAAAGCCAGCAGGAAGCGGCAGCAUGAGGAACCAGAGAGCUUCUUCACUUGGUUCGCUGACCACUCAGACGCUGGUGCAGACGAGUUGGGAGAGGUCAUCAAGGACGACAUCUGGCCAAACCCAUUGCAGUACUACCUGGUUCCUGACAUGGAUGAUGAGGAGGGAGAAGGAGAAGAGGAUGAUGAUGAUGAUGAAGAGGAGGAAGGAUUGGAAGACAUUGAUGAAGAAGGGGAUGAGGAUGAAGGGGAAGAAGACGAAGAUGAUGAUGAAGGGGAAGAAGGAGAGGAGGAUGAAGGAGAAGAUGACUAAUAGAAAACACUGAUGGAUUCCAACUUUUUUUUUUUUCCUUAAUUUUCUCCAGUCCCUGGGAGCAAGUUGCAGUCUUCUCCCCCUCUGUGCUCAGUUGCCCUGUUCUUGAGGUCUCUUUUCUCAAAACACCAUGGUUCUCAACUUAUUUGGGGGGGAUUACCUUGCUCAGAAUACAACGGGAAAAGAAUCUCCACACACCUCUGUUCUAAAUUCAUUUUUAUCCCUUUCUGUCUCAACAAAAACUGUACGGAAUCAACACCACCACCGCCACCUGCUCUGUGGGAAACAAGAAAAGCCUCCGGUUGCUCUGCUCUGCUGGAGGCACCAGGCCCUGUGUAGUAGUGCAUAGAUUCUAGCUUUUCUCCUCCUUUCUCUGUAUAUUGGGCUCAGAGAUUACACUGUGUCUAUGUGAAUACGGACAGUUAGCAUUACCAACAUGUAUCUGUCUACUUUCUCUUGUUUAAAAAAAAAGAAAAAACUUAAAAAAAAUGGGGUUCUAGAAGGUCAGCAAAGGGUGGGUUUGAGAUGUUUGGGUGGGUUAAGUGGGCAUUUUGACAACAUGGCUUCUCCUUUGGCAUGUGUAAUUGUGAUGUUUAACGGACAUCCUUGCAGUUUAAGAUGACACUUAAAAAAAAAAACUCUCCUAAUGAUGACUUGAGCCCUGGCACUACAGGAGAAUCAGCAGACCCUGUAGGAUCUUAUUUGGAAUUGACAUUCUCUAUUGUAAUUUUGUUCAUUUAUUUUUAAAUUUUCUUUUGUUUUCACUGGAAAGGAAAGAUGAUGCUGAGUUUUAAACGUUAAAAGUGUACAAGUUGCUUUGUUACAAUAAAACUAAAUGUGUACACAAAGGGUUUGAUGCUUUUCUCUCAGAAUGGACAUAGUUGAUCUGACCUUCCGAGUUUGACUUGUAUAAUAACGUCACUGUCAAACUGUCCCCUGACUUCGUAUUUUUUGAUACGCACUUUGCAGGAUGACCUCAGGGCUGUAUGGAUCGAGAAUAAAGGGAUUUGAAUUAAUGUCUUAAUGUCUCCAUAACUGGGAACCAUUGCUGUCGUUAAUCAUGUCGUUUGAGACAACUAGAACCUCAAAAUUGAGAGUUCUGACUUCUACCCUUGAUUUUUAUCUUGGCCUUUUUAAAAAAAAAAAUGGGCCUUUUUGAGUGUCUAUUGGUCUAAAGUCCCAGGUGUCUAACCUAAGGUUCAAAUGUGACUGGAUCUGGGUGGAAGAACUGCCCUGUGCAUCACAGAGAAGCUGCCAAAUGCAUAAGCUUUUUAAUGCUGUAAAAUAGAGCUGAAAUUAAACGCCACUUUCUCAGAGGUGAAUUCAUGGACAGCGUGGAAGCUUUGUGAUGUAUAAAAUCUUACAAAUGGAACUAUUCCACCUAUAGGCAAAAGUGUAACCAAAACCUGUCAAGAUGGAUUAGUAUGUAAUUUCUGCACAGGUCUCUGUUUAGUAAAUACAUCAUUGUAUACCGGUCAGGAAUCUUGCUCCAAUAAAGGAACAUAAAGAUUUUUUUUUGGA